AUGAUCAUGGUGUAUUCAGACAGUGGGAGAUACGAUGAAGUUGUCGAGGUUUUCGAGUGUAUGAAGAACAAUGAGGUUAAAAUUGAUGAAAAGACUUUGACUUUGCAUUUGAUGAAUCUCAGGAGAAGUGGUGAGGUUGAGUUAGCUUACGACUUCUUUCGUCUAAUGGUUGCUGCUUCGGAGUUAGAUGUUGUGUCUGUGUACUCUUUAACGGUUGUUGUCUCUGCGUUGUGUUGCCAUGGAGAGAGCAAGAGAGUUGGUGGAGGAGGUUGA